GGGGCGGGGCGGGGCGGGGCGGUGAGGCCUGCCGGGGCAGAGGGCCGUGGUAAAUCAACAACCCACGUCCUCGUCAGUAGAGAUUAAAGUUCCGUUCUGCAAUCAGAAGGCUUUCAGAAAAAACGAUGAAUCCGUUUGUGGGUCUUCUCCUGUUUUUGGGUACACUCAUCUACUCCUACUUGGAGGCUUUUGUGAAGCUGUUUGUCCCCGUGAAGAGAAAGUCUGUCAGCGGAGAGCUUGUGCUCAUCACGGGUGCUGGCCAUGGCGUAGGGAGAGCGACUGCCUUCGAGUUCGCCAAGCGUCAAAGCAGGCUGGUUCUGUGGGACAUCAAUAAGCAUGGCGUUGAGGACACGGCAGCAGAAUGCGAAAGGCUGGGAGCCACUGUUCAAGCCUUUGUGGUGGACUGCAGCAAAAGGGAGGAAAUCUACAGUGCUGCAGAGAAGGUGAAAAAGGACAUUGGAGAUGUCUCGAUCCUGGUGAAUAACGCUGGUGUGAUUACAGCUGCCGACCUGCUCUCGACUCAGGACCACCAAAUUGAAAGGAUGUUUGAAGUCAACAUUCUUGCUCACAUGUGGACCACAAGAGCUUUUCUGCCAACCAUGAUGAACAACAACCACGGUCACAUUGUCACGGUGGCUUCAGCAGCGGGUCAUUUGGUGACUUCCUUCAUGGUGGCUUACUGUUCAAGCAAGUUUGCUGCGGUUGGAUUUCAUAAAGCUCUGACAGAGGAGCUGUCUACCCUGGGAAAGGAUGGGAUAAAAACUACGUGUCUUUGUCCGGUUUUUAUAAACACGGGAUUUGUCAAAAACCCCAGUACAAGGCUUGGAAAGAUUUUGGAGAUUGAAGAAGUUGUAGAGGCCCUGAUGGAAGGAAUACUGACCAACCAGAAGAUGGUUUUUGUUCCAUCAAAUCAACGCAUUGCUUUACUUCUUGAAAGGUUGCUUCCAGAACGUGCCCUGAAUGUUCUGAAAAAGCUGACUGAUGUCAAAUUUGAUGCAGUCAUUGGGCAGAGAAGCACCCAGUGAAACGUGAAAAAUGAUUCUCAUUUCCCAGAGGCACGAGUGAAAACGGAACAUGUGCUGAGCAUAGUACAGCUGGUUUGAUGCAGAGCAGAACUAAGACAGAUGCUUCCAGGCCCCCAUUGCCAAGCACCUAAGGGUUUGUUCCACACCUGCAGCAGGGACACGCCUGCGUAACGUGGAGUGAUAACAAAGCAGAGAUGCAGCUCUUGAAGUCUAAAGGGCUGCUUUGUCUGUGCAUCGCAUUGCCUCUGUCCCCGAGUGCUGAGGCAGAGGGGAAUUCCCACGAAGGCCAUUUUUGGGACAGCACAGAUGCCUACUUAAGUGCAAAGGCAUUGCCUGAGAACAUGUUAAUCCAAACUCAUCCCCGAGAGCAAAGGUAUCUUGCAAGACGCAAUUUAUAGAGCAGGUGGGUGGCCUGUUUCACCUCAGUGUCUCUUUUCCAAUUUAAAAGCAAUGACGUGCUCUAUAUUGAACACUCGCAGUUUCGUGUGCUUCUGUAGUGAGUACCUGAAAGAAUACAGCCUCAUUUGUAAUGUCAUACCUAAUUACAUCCAUUAUCAAUUAUGCAUUAGCACCAUGCCUUAUUCCAAAUAAAUACAGUUUGUUACCACAAA